AAGCCGCAGGCUUGUGGUACAAAAAAGUGCAAACCACAAAGAAUUGAUUCUCAUAACUUUAAAACCUUAAUUUAAGCUGUAUUUAAGUCACUUUGUGAAAUAUUUAAUAAUAGUACAGAUAAAUAGAAAGAAAUCCUACCUGAUUUCACUGUAAGUAAUAAAAUAUAAGUACUGGAAGACGAUGAAUAUUGAAGACGAAGAUUUAGGAAGUGAUUCAGAUUCGGACGAUGGUGAUUACUGUCCAGUUAAUGACAGUGGAAGUGAAUCUAUUGAUGAGAAAGAAGAAUUAAAUGAGAACAAUGUAGGAACAACAAAACCCACCAAAAAGAAGCGUAGAAAAGGAAGGAGAACAAGGAACAAGCAGGUUGAUGAUGAAAAUGAGGAAGAAGAAAGGCAAACAAUCAAGACUGUUCAAGAUCCUGAGAAAGAAAAAGAAAGAGUUGACGCAUUAUGGGCAGAUUUUUUGAGCGGAACUGAAAUCCCACUUGAAAAGAAAGAAACAACUUCUACAAAAUCGUCUACAUCCAAAACAGACAUUCCAAAAAUACAGAAACUAAAACCAGCACCAGCACCAAAGGUUUUUGAGUUUGCUGGCGAAACCAUAGAAGUAUCACAAAAUGACACGGAAAAUUCGACGAGCUCUAUUAAUCCCAUAAAGCCGUCUACAGGUCAAACAAACUCUUUGGGCAUUAAGAGACCAAGUACAGGAGGAUUAUCAUCAGUCUUGGAUCAAUUCUCUAAAAAGAACAAAUUAAGUGUAUUGGAGAAAACAAAACUCGAUUGGGAUGGUUUCAAAAGUAAAGAAGGUAUUAAUGAGGAACUCAAAACUCACAAUCGUGGACGACAAGGAUUCCUAGAACGCCGUGAUUUCCUGGAACGAACAGAUUUCAGGCAGUUUGAAAUUGAAAAGAGUUUAAGAACAACAUCCAAACGUAAAACAAAUGAAAAGUGAAACAUUGCUUUGUGGAUGCAAUGUUUUUGUUAAAGCAGCAAGGAUCAUUUGAAAAACAAUAAAGUGAAGCAUUGAAAAAAUACUUAUACCUGUU